AUGACAUCAGUUGCUACUACCCCCACAGCAGCUCUCAUUGAUAGGGAACAAACUUGCCCCCUUCUUCUCAGAGUAUUUGUUAACGAGGGUCAACACCACCUACCAGACGCGUACCACAGAGGGAGGGUCCCUGCUACAGAACUACAGAUAUACACUUGGAAGGAUGCCUGCUUGAAGGAACUAACUAACCUUAUUAAAGAUGUUCACCCUCAAGCUAGUUCCAAAGGCACAAUGUUCAACUUUGCGCUAGUAUUCCCUGAUAAACGAGGAAAUUACCACUUUAAAGAAGUGGGAACCACUUCAGUGGCCCACACUGGACCUGAUGAUAGGGUCACAUUAUCAACUGUUAGAUUAGAGAUAGGAGACUACAUGGAUGUGGCAAUCAGAUCACCCCCUGAAGACCGAGGCCCACCAAGAGAUCGUAGACAGCCACUGAGAAGGAGUGGGGAGGGAAGGGGUUUUAGAUCACGGCCAUAUUAGAGUUUAGAUAACUUAAUAAACAUUUUGCUAUUCUGGUUACUGUGAUGAAAUUGAUUGCGUAUGAAGACUGGUUCAAGCUUAUCUUUUAAAUCUAUGAUUUGUUUACCCUGAUGGUUGAUUUGAGUCCUACGACAAUAUUUUUAGAGUAUAACGGUUGAUGCUUUUCGGGCGGUUACUGAUAAAAUAUUUGGUUGGUGGCGGCGGCGAUAAGUUUGCGCUAUUGAAAUUUCACUUUUUUAUCAAGGAAACGUACGAACCUCUUGGCGCGCAUAGCAGAUUUAACGAGCGAGAGCACUGCACAUUUUAAUACCACGAUUUACUAUAAUUUUAUUUUCCAGUAUUAUUUCGUGGCAUUUAAUAUGAUAUUUAUAAACAGCUGAGUACCAUUUAUUGACAAAUUAAUUGUUCAACUUA